AUGAGGAAGCGGGGCUGUUUUUGUUGUGGCAAGUUGGGCCACAUACUUAGAGACUGCCCAUAUACCAGAAAGCAGAGUCGUGAUGCCCGUCCCAAGAGUCAGGCUACCAGUGCCCCGCCUCUCACAGCCCAUCUAGUUUCUCCUCAGGGUGCUUCAUCUAGUACUGUGGGCGUAUUUCCACUGAAGCUUUUAGUACUCCAAAGUUCUCCAUCUUUCGCUGAAAUUGGCAGCCUAUUUCUUCUCCCGAAACAUAAGUUAAAUCUUUUGCGCUUUGCUUGGUGCUCAUCGUUCUAUCAAUUGGCAUUGAAAUUACCGACCCGUAUCUUGGUGUGGCAACCCGAGGUUGUGAUUAGUCCUCCAUUUGUAUUUCUUCCCUUGGUCAAAACGUUAUUGCGUCGUGAUUUCUCCAUUGCUGCACAAAACUAUUGGAACACAAGUUCUCUCAUUAAGAUCAAGCAUACCACAGUAAUAGCAAUCACAAGAUUUAGGGACCAACCAGCCCCACCACCACUUGCAGAUCCUUUGAACGAGAGUGUCUCUUAUGUUGAGUUUUGAGUUGCCUUUCAAGUGAUAGCUCAGGCUGUGAAUGCUAAUGCUCAGGGUAAUCAGUCAACAGCAGCCUCAAUUCAGUAGAAUGGUAACUCAGCUACAGACCGAGUCGAGAUUUUAUGAGAAUGAAUCCACCUAAGUUCUUUGAGUAGAAGGUGAAUGUGGAUCCAUGCAUUUUCAUUGAUGAGGUGAAGAAAAUCACUUAGAUUAUGCAUAUCAUAAAAGAGGGGAGUGUGUAAUUGGCAUCCUAUCAGCUGAAGGAUGUCGCUGGUGAUUAAGUUACUCUAUGCAAGGAAGGUAGAGUGAGAAUGCAGCUCCAAUGACUUAGGGUGAAGAGGUUUAGAACAAUAUUCAGAGAUAUCUUGGGAAGUCUUUUCCUUGUUGCGGUUUAUAGAGAUGGUUACUUGGAUCCACAACAAGCGUUGGAACAAGUGUAGGAAGGAGAUACUUGUAGCUUCUUAUAAAGCUAUUCUCUAUCACAUUUGGUUGGCCAGGAACCAAAAAAUCUUUAUGAAUACAAAUGUUAAUAGUAAUUUGUAGUUCGACAGGUGGAAUGUGUAAUUAAGGAGAGAUUAGAGAAUAUAAAGGGAAUAAAGAGGAGUAGGAAAUGUACUGAAUUCAUACAUAUAUUAUGUAAUUAGUUGAUGAUUGAGGUCUACAAAUCUAAUAAUUGAACAGGUUAUUAGAUUUUUUAUA